AUGGCGCCGCAGAACUGCCCGUACACGAUCAAGAUCGUCCAGCAACCGGUGCGGGCGAGAAUGUGCGGCAUGGGCGACCGGGACCGUCGGCCCAUCUCGCCACCCCUCAUCGUCCAGCUGUAUGCCCACGACCGGGCGACUGGCCGAGAAAUCCCAGUCGACAAUAUCGACAGGACCUUCCUCAUUCUCGCCGCCGACCUGCGCUCGAGCGACGCUCGGCAUGACGCCAACCUCGUCAACCCGUCGCACACUUCGACACGAGCACCAACCAUCAGCACCUCCUCCUCGACCGCCGGGUCACCGCCCUCGCGCUCCCCUACGCCUCCCUCUGCCGAGUUCGGCUAUCCCUCUCCCGCCAGUUCGCGUACGAGCCCGAUGAGCACCUACGCGCCGUGCCUCGGCGGCUCGUCCGUCCCUUCCGGCCUCGCCGCGCCAGCCUCGCCUCCUCUUCCUCGCCCCUCAGCAGCGGCCUCGACCCUUGCCGACACUCGCCCGUCGCCAGGAGCCUCGAAAAAACGCCCUCACGUCGACGAGCCGCCCGACUCGGUCGUACUCCCACCGACGCCGGCUGAACCGCCCGCCAAGCGGCUCGAGCGCGCGCCUUCGGAGGACGAAGCGGCCGCUCGCCAGGACGAGUUGGCCGCCGAGUCGUCCAUGUUCAUCCCUUACGUACGCGUACGUCGCGUCGGCGGCACCGGGGCGCCCGAGCUCCCGCCGCCGCUGCAGGCCGUGCACGUCGAGCGCGCCGACGACGACGAGGGGCGAGAUGCCGUCCCGAACCUGAUCGGGACGCUGCACACGAACGCGCACAAGCUCAAGGACGUCGAGGGCGACACGGGCGUCUACUUUGUGCUGCCCGACCUGAGCGUGAGGACCGAGGGCGCGUUCCGGAUCCGGGUCAGGUUGCUUAGCAUCGGCCUGGGACGGUCUCGCACCGAGUCGGUCUCGCCCAUCGUCGCCGACGCGCUCACGGACGAGUUCCGAGUCUUCUCCGCCAAGAAGUUCGAGGGCAUGCUCGACCCGACGCCGCUGUCGCAGUGCUUCGCGAGGCAGGGCGUGCGCAUCCCGACGCGCAGGGUCGCCAAAGCCCGGUCGGCCAAGGCGGGUGCGGCUGUCGUCGAGGCGGGCAAGGCGAAGGAGCGGUGACGAGGGUGGGUCGGGCUGUGUGCAGUGUCUGUGUCAGUGCUCGAUGUUGUUGUGCAACUCGUCGUUCC